UUAGAAACCAAAAGUGAGUAUCCGGAAAUGCACGAGAAGUUGACGAGCAUCUUUUCAGAGCACAUCUGCCUUCCCAGGAGCGAAGUGACGUCCGACAGAGGAACAGUUUGUUUUACAGCCUUAAUUUGCGCCCUGCAUUUAGCCUUAACGGUAACAGUAUAAUGUGGGCGUGUUCUCGCCCCCUUUUUAACUUUGCACCGCCUGUCCUCCUGGGCUGUGCGCACUUUGCGGAGCAGCCACUUGCUGCAGAGUGGAUGCAGAGUUCAGCUCCGGCUUUGCCCGUGGUCCCCCGGCCACAGCUCAGGCUCCGGCUCUGAUACCAGGACGAGACCAGAGGAUGGAUUUCCAUCACUUCACUUUUCUCUGCGGGGCUCUUGUGUUUGUUUGCGAAAUCCCCUGUUUUCAGACUCUUGCUAUUUUCCCUCCACCUGCCCCGAAGAGCAGCAAAGUGGCGAGGAUUUUUGAUGGACAAGAAGCUUCUAAAUAUUUCAAGGAGUUUUACUCGCCGCCAUCUAUCGACAGAAACAAUAAAGCAACAUCGAAAGACUUGAUUGAGCCUCAUGACUACAUGCUGUCUAUUUACAAGACCUUCUCCACGGCGGAGAGACUGGGACUCAACGCAAGUUUUUUUCGGUCUUCAAAAGCUGCAAACACUAUUGCAAGUUUUGUGGACAAUGGACAAGAUGACCUCCCACUCUCCCCUCUGAGGAGACAGCAGUAUCUGUUCGACAUCUCAACCCUCUCCAAAAAAGCGGAGGUGCUGGGAGCCGAGCUCAGGAUAUACACCAAAGUGUCUGGGAAUUUCAGGAUAUCGGAAACAGAGCCCGUCGACAUCCAGCUCCUCUCCUGCCACGACCGGCAGCUGCUCGACUCCAAAACGCUGGACUUGCAGGAUUCCCAAAGGCCGAAGUGGGAGGUGUUGGACGUGUGGGAAAUAUUCAAAGAGCAGCAGCACCUUAGCCAGAGGAAGCACUUCUGCCUGGAGCUCAGGGCCAUGCUGGACAACCCAGAGAGGGAGCUGGACCUGCACCUUCUGGGCUUGCAUAGGCACGGCAGGCCUCAACAGAAGAAAGCCAUCUUAGUGGUCUUCACCCGGUCUAAGAAGAGGCAGACCCUCUUUAGUGAGAGGAGAGAGGGGAGAGCCUUGCUGGGUCUAGAGAGGAAGGCCAAAGAGAGGGGCCCUGGCAUCAAAGCCAGCAGGAGAAGGAGGACGGCUGCAUCCAAAACCCGCCACGGGAAGAGACACGGCAAGAAGUCCAAAUCCAGGUGCAGCAAGAAGCCGCUGCACGUCAACUUCAGAGAUCUGGGCUGGGACGACUGGAUCAUCGCCCCGCUGGAUUAUGAAGCGUACCACUGCGAGGGGGUGUGUGACUUCCCCCUGCGCUCUCACCUGGAGCCCACCAACCACGCCAUCAUCCAGACUCUGAUGAAUUCAAUGAACCCCAGCAACAUGCCGCCCAGCUGCUGCGCCCCGUCCAAACUCAGCCCCAUCAGCAUCCUCUACAUCGACUCAGGAAACAAUGUGGUCUACAAACAGUACGAGGACAUGGUGGUUGAGUCUUGUGGCUGUAGGUAGUAGAUCUGGCAGGUGUAGUGCUUUUCACUGACCUCCUUCUUGUUCGUCAGGCUUUCUGGUUAGUGGGAAUCGAACAGCAUUACAGUCUGUGUGGUGGGAAGGCUGCACCUGAAAUAAAGAAGACUUGCCUGAUUUGUUUGGCAAGGUGGAGACUAAAAAAAACAUGGUGAUGCAUUUCCUAACCAUGCACCCAACAAGGUCAUAUUUAAUACCUCAAACAUUUGUUUGCUUGUUUUUUUCUGUAUGUUCCUGCCUUGACGAAACCUAUCUGGCCACUUCAGCACUACAGUGACUGCAUAUUCAUGAAUGAUAAGAUUGAAAACUCUAUCUCUAUCUGAUUUUGGCAGAUGUGCUUAUUCACUUUCUUGCAGAAAGUGAGAUGAGAAGAUCGAUAUCACUCCCCUGUUUGUACGGUAAUGGCGCUGCAGCAGCCGGUUAGCUUAGCUUAGCAUAAAGACCAGAAACAGCUAAUCGUUUUUACGCUUCGGUUUUUGUAUUAAUUACGUUUAGAUAGAGCCAGGCUAGCUGUUUCCUGUUGUAAAUGGACUGUACUUUUAAAUCUACUUGACUACUCAAAGCGCUUCACACUACAUAUCCCCAUUCACACACAGUUCAAAAAAUCUAACUCUUCGACUGGAGGAAGCCAGGAUCGAACUGCCCCCAUUCCAAUUGGUGGACAACCUGCUCUACCACUAAGCCACAGUCGCUAAUUGUCUCUUGAGUGUAGCUUCAUAUUUACUGUACAGACACGAGAGUGGUAUUAGUUUUCUCAUCUAACACGGCAAGAAAGUGAAUAAGUUCCAAAAAUGUUGACUUAUUCCUUUUAAAGAGACACACUGAAUAUCUCCCAUUUAAGGAAAAUGAAUCUGCUCGUACAAAAUUAUUGGCAGUGCAAAAAUAAAACAAUUGGUGCCACUUUUUUAUCCUUUUACCACCCACUGUUUGGCCCGUUGGACACUAGCACUUUGUUAAACUUAGACUGCUAGUACUAUGAAAAGUUACAUUAAUAUGAACAUUUAAUAUAUGUGAUCUUUAAUUAGACCUUUUCUGGUCAUUGAGGUAAUUUCCAAAAGAACGCCCUGUAGUAAAAACAAUCCAGGUACACUGCAAAAGAGUAAACAACUUAAAAAUAUGAAGUCUCCGUUCCAUCAAAGCAGUCUGGCAGUCCAACAAUGUAAUUGUCCUUGAUAACUUUAUGUUCAUUACAAGGUUCUAAUGUUUAAAAAUAGUCAGUCUGUUUUCAUUUAGGACCUUUGAUAUCUUGACCAAACUGAUUGAUUACACUUUUAUGGCCUUUCUUUUACUACUUUAGAAAAACUGAAUGAUCAACUUCCGGUAAACAUUUUUUUACUCCCAUAAUGGACGUCUUGCGCGACCUCUCUGCCAGGAUUAAAAAGCAGAUUUUCAGCACUUGACAUGGCCUAUGACUCAGGGAACGUCCUUGAGUGCUGGAAAGAAUGUGAAGUCCUUUUUUUUGAUCGAACCACCGUCAGUACAUUUCCACCAAAACCAACACAGGGUUUCUCACCAGUUUACUUACCGUUUUUUUUUUUUUUUGUUGAGGAGAUACAUAAUGUUGUCUGUAAUGCACUGAUGUUCAAAGGUACCAUGUGUAAAUAUUUGAUACGGAAAUUAUAAUUUAUGUUCUACGAAUAAGUUAUUUCUUUUUUAUUGUCUGCUUUGUUCCGUUACAACUUCCAGACGGCAUGAGUCACACAUCUGGAUGUUCAGGUUCAAAUAAACACAUAUGGGUAAUGUUUUUGUAACGAAACGUGACAGCUAUGUUCUGGUCACAGACUGUGAAAUACUGGACUAUUAUCAGUGUUUUUGUUGAAUAUAUAAAUAGAAAAUAAUUAUUCACCAAAGGAAAAACAUUGUUUUUGUUUGUUGAACUCUCUUUUAGGCUAUAUUGUUGUUUAAAACAUGAUUAGCACAUUUUUAGCCUCUUAUAUUUUGUAUUUUGCAUUAUUUACUGGAAUCUGAAAAUAAUAUAUUAUACUGAUUGAUACUGACUGUCAGUAAGAUGAAUGGAUGAUUCAGUGUCAUGACACAAUGUUUAUAUUUUAUUGGACCCUGUCUUUGCUCGCCUGCAUCACAUUUUUACAACGAAAAUGAAAUGAUAAUGUAUUUUUACACAGUAAAAUAAUCAGUAAAAUUGUUUAACCAAAUUAAUCUAUUCUUAUAGACUGUGUGAACUGUAAGAUAUGUAGAGUAACGGGCAAAUUAAAAUGUCUUGAACCUGAAA